UCCGGAAGUUCCGCCAGGAGUUCCUCCAGAAGUUCCUCCAGAAAUUCCUCCGGAAGUUCCUCCAGGAAUUCCUCCGGAAGUUCCUCCAGGAAUUCCUCCGGAAGUUCCUCCAGGAAUUCCUCCGGAAGUUCCUCCAGGAAUUCCUCCGGAAGUUCCUCCAGGAAUUCCUCCGGAAGUUCCUCCAGGAAUUCCUCCGGAAGUUCCUCCAGGAAUUCCUCCGGAAGUUCCUCCAGGAAUUCCUCCGGAAGUUCAUCCAGGAAUUCCUCCGGAAGUUCAUCCAGGAAUUCCUCCGGAAGUUCAUCCAGGAAUUCCUCCGGAAGUUCAUCCAGGAAUUCCUCCGGAAGUUCCUCCAGGAAUUCCUCCGGAAGUUCCUCCAGGAAUUCCUCCAGAAGUACCUCCAGGAAUUCCUCCGGAAGUUCUUCCUCCGGGAAUUCCUCUGGGAAUUCCUCCGGAAAUUCCUCUGGGAAUUCCUCCGGGAAUUCCUCUGGGAAUUCCUCCGGGAAUUCCUCUGGGAAUUCCUCCGGGAAUUCCUCUGGGAAUUCCUCCGGGAAUUCCUCUGGGAGUUCCUCUGGGAAUUCCUCCCCACCUAGCAGGGCGAAACCGCACGGAGAGCGAUUCUCCGACGUCGAUGUCCACGUGAUGAUUGCCGCCGGAAUGUCGCUCGGGCACGAUAACGCCCACGAUGGCCUAUUGGUGACGGAAGGCCGGGAUAUUUGCACUCAACGGAGGCUUGACGGAGGAUGCAGCGUGGGAUGGGACGAGUGGUUCCUAAAUCGGACACAGAAAGCCGUCGCACGGCUGUACGACAACGGAAACUAG